ACGAACACGCGCGCAGGCAAACCAAUUUUCGCGGCGAUCAGCUGAUUGUUCCGAAAACGCGCCAAUUUUCAACGCCGCCCGCGCGCAUCGGUUUCAGCCAAAGGUGGCAGUCGUCAGGCGCGCCGUCGUCGGAGGUCGAGUGGUUUAGUACUGCGGGGUGUUGUGAGGAAGGCUCGGUGGCUGGUCGGAACGAAAACAUCGUGUUGUUUGUGUGUGCAACGCGAAGUUAUUGUGACGAAGAGCGCGUGAGAUCAGCACGUUUCUACGCGGAAGCGAGCGGAAAGCUUUUCCCUCCGGUCCGCCGACUCCGCGGGAAUCGUUAGGCCUAGGCGGAAUUUGCCCGCGUCCCGCUGGUUAUGCUUCGUUCGGCGAGUUGAACCCCGAUCGACAUGGUUAAGACGAGAAACAAGUCUGCCGCGGCGGAGCCUCCGCCGAGGAUCGCUACACGGAGAUCUACGAAGGUUGAGGUCACCGAAUCGCACAAUUCAGAGGAGUCUGUUGAUGAUGAAGACAGGAAGCGAUCAACUCGAAGGUUGAAGUUCUCCGACGACGAAUCUUCAGGGCGCCUGACGCGGUCAGUGGGGGGACACGGUCACCAGAACCACCUGCUGCCCAACGGCCGUGCACACUCCUCGUCGCGACGCCGUGAACCACCACCGCCACCCAGUAAUGUGGCCGUCUCAACGGAUGACGACAUGAAUGAGGACGAUGACAGCAUGGUGCGACGAAGCACACGCCGUCGCAAGUGUAUCUAUGGCAACCUCAACCAGACAUGGAUACUAACAUCAAGCCUGCCAGACUUCAGCAAGUCAUCUGCGGACCAGUCGGGUUCACGUAACAAGAAGGGCCCGACCACUUUCCACCACUACCUCCGCAGCUCGACCAGUCCCCACCACGACAGCAUGCCUCCUGGUGGAAAUGACUCCGAGACCUUAGACGGAGACAAUGAGGACAGCCUCGAGUCGAAGCGCAGCAACGAGAAAGGAGUGAAUGCUGAGCUCCGUCGUCUCGGCCUGUCCGAGAUGCAGCAUUUCUCGGCAGACGACAUGUACUCGCGGGUGAAGCGGACGCGCCAGCAACACCAGGCGGCGGCUGCGGCAGCAGAAGAGCAGCCAUUCUUCCGCACGAGGAGCUCCCGUCGUGCAGCCGCGGAGGAGCGGCGUGGGCGCCGGCGCGAGAGAGCCGCCGCAGCAGGAGUGGCCCCCAGCGACUCUGAACCGCAAGGUGGAAGCUCGGGGGUCUCGGGCGACAGCGACGUCGACGACGAGGAAGAAGAGGUGCAGCUGCCUGUGAUGAAUGGCUACCACCUCCGUCCCAAGAAGCCCGUCACGGAGCGCUUCCAAGUGCCUGUCGCGGAGACAAAGCGGUCCAAGCGGAUAGCCAGCAUCUUCCACACACCAAAGCACGACCGGCGGAACCGGUCUUCCUACCAUUCUCCUGCCCACAGGAGCCCCAUGUACAGAAGGAAACGUCACGCCACGCACAACAGCUCCUCAACGAGCAGUUCGAGUGACGACGAGCGGCGUUUCGAGCGGCGCAAGGCGCGCAGCAUGGUCCGCGCCCGGAACCGGUGCCUGCCGUUCAACUUCCAAGAGAAGGACCUCUUCGAGGGUGUGCUCCGCGACCGAGCCAAGAUCGGCUCCAGCCUGGCUGACGUCGACCCCAUGCAAGUCGACAAGGAGGUUAUGUUUGACCGUGUGGGUGGACUGGACAGCCACAUUCAGCAGCUCAAGGAGAUGAUCCUGUUCCCACUAAUCUAUCCGGAAGUUUUCGAGCGCUUCAAGAUCACCCCACCGCGGGGCGUGCUCUUCUACGGACCCCCUGGCACUGGCAAGACUCUGGUGGCACGAGCGCUUGCCAACGAGUGCGCCCGAGGCGACUCGCGGGUGGCCUUUUUCAUGCGCAAGGGCGCCGACUGCCUCAGCAAGUGGGUCGGCGAGUCCGAGCGACAGCUGCGCUUGCUCUUCGACCAGGCCUACUCCAUGCGUCCGUCCAUCAUCUUCUUUGACGAAAUCGAUGGCCUGGCACCCGUGCGGUCGACACGGCAGGACCAGAUCCACAGCUCCAUAGUCUCCACGCUGCUCGCCCUGAUGGACGGCCUUGACUCCCGUGGCGAGGUGGUCGUCAUCGGGGCCACCAACCGCAUCGACGCCAUUGAUCCUGCUCUGCGGCGGCCGGGCCGUUUCGACCGCGAGUUCCACUUUUCACUGCCCUGCCACAAGGCACGCCUCAGCAUCCUCCAGAUCCACACACGCGACUGGCAUCCGGCCCCGAGCCAAGCGCUACUUUCGGAGCUGGCUGCUCGCUGCACCGGCUACUGUGGGGCCGACCUCAAGGCCCUCUGCUCGGAGGCUGCCCUGGUGGCUCUGAGGCGUAGCUUCCCCCAGAUCUAUGCUUCCAAGGAAAAGCUGCAGCUCAACAUAGACACGGUGCAGAUCCUGCCAGAAGACUAUGACCGAGCCAUGCGCAAGAUCGUGCCGGCCUCCCAACGCUGCGGCGCCUCGCCGGCACGGCCGCUGAGCACGACCGUGCGGCCCCUGCUGUGCCCGCUGGUGGAGAAGGCCCUGGUGUACAUGCAGAAGGCCUUUGCCGCUGGCCUGCACAAGUCGUCCAUCGCGCAGCGGCUCACCGGCCAGGACGGCAAUCAGAGCGAUGAUAGCAGUGUUGUCUCCGAUGAUGAAGUCAUGAACGGAGUCUGCAACUCUACAGUCGAUCUCACUGAGGAGGUCGCGGGCACCGAAAGCAUCAUUCCAAGCAUCAGGUCUCGCUUUGCUGCCAGCCGCAGUACCAGCCACCGGCCCCGCCUUCUCAUCUGUGGCCGCCCGGGCCUCGGCCAGACGACGCACGUGGCGCCUGCAGUCCUCCACCUGCUGGAACACCUGCCCCUGCACCGGCUAGAUCUGCCCUCGCUCCAUUCUGUCACAGCUCGUGCACCCGAGGAGGCCUGCGCCCAGGUGCUCCAGGAAGCGCAGCGGGUGCUGCCCGGAGUGCUGUACCUUCCGCACGUGUGCCAGUGGUGGGAGACGUUGGGCGAUGCAGUCCGGGCCACGUUCCUGACCCUCCUCAGUGACCUGGAGCCCCUGACCCCAGUGCUGUGGCUGGCCACGGCCGAUGUGCCUUUCAACGAGUUGCCUCCACAGGUGCAACAGCUGUUUGGGCCGUCGGAAGUGCUCGAGAUGGUGCCCCCGACGGAGGCGGAGCGGCGCAGCUUUUUUGCGCCGGUGUUCACCAAGGCGGCCACGCCACCGCGGCCCAAGCGACCCCCUCCCGAACAGAUGCCCGCCUUGCCGGCAGCCCCUCCACCGGAGCCUCGAAAGCUGACCCCCUCCGAACUGGAGCGCCUGCGACAGCAGGAGGAAGCAACGCUUCGGGAGUUGCGCCUGUUCCUGCGCGACAUCUUGACCAAGUUGAUGCGUGACAGGCGGUACAGCAUGUUUGCCAAGCCCGUGGAUGCGUUGGAGGUGCCCGACUACCUGGAGGUAAUCAAGCAGCCGAUGGACAUGGAGACCAUGAUGGUCAAGAUCGACCUGCACAAGUACCAGACCGUGGCGCAGUUCCUGCAAGACAUCGAGCUCAUCUGCUCCAAUGCGCUCGAAUACAACCCCGACCGGAACCCCAUGGACAAGAACAUCCGGCAUCGAGCCUGCGCCCUCCAGGACGCGGCCAAAGCGCUCGUAGACACCGAGCUCGACUGGGGUUUCGAGAAGAUCUGCCAGGACAUUGUCCAGGCCCGUAAGGAAAGAGGGGAGGGGCCAGUGCCUUAUGUACCGAAGAAUUACCACGUCGCUCCGCGACCUGCCCCAGUGACCUCCGACCCAGUACCUGAUCUGCCUCAAGUUGAGGCGUCCAAUGAAGAGGGAGGCCCCAAGAGGUUCAGUCGGAGACUUCGGGGUAUGGUGGUCGUGACUGACGAAGAGGACGCUGCGGAAAACGGCGCGGUCAAUGCGACUGCGGAAGACAAGAAUGAAAUCACUCCUCCCACACAGACGACCACCGCUCAGGAUGCUGUGGUGGAGAUGGCUGACGCAUCGGCACCAGGACAGCCAGUCGUCGUCCAAGCCUUCGUCGACUAUUAUUUACAGGAUCGGCUGCUCACAGCUACAGGAGGGGAGGCGUCCGGCGGCGACCGGCGGGCAUACCCCGUGGUGCGCCGUCGCAAGUCGCUGUGGUUUGGCAGCUACCGUCGCCACGUGACGCGGCACGCCGCUGCUGCUCUGCCCGGCCGCAGAAAGACGCCCGCUGUGAUCGAUAAAGUUGCGUCUAGGAGUUCAACGAAGCGGCGGCGGUCAUCUUCGGACGGAACGGGAAAGAACUGCAACACGUCACAACCAGCUGCCAAGAUUACGGCGAAGGACAAGUCACUUUCGACGGAAACUAGGCAGGAAGCUACACCCACGUCGACAAAGGAAGCUAGCCCCGACGCUGCUGAGUCCAGCAAAGCCCGGCAGGAAAAGGCAGCACUAGCAGAAGAAAGUCGAGCUGGCAAUGCGACAGAGAAUGCAUCCUCUGUUGAAGAGCCCGCCGCAACGCCGCAGGUGCUACAGUUGAACCGCGGCUGGCUGGAGGAACUGGAGGACAGGACAGUGAACCAGACCGAAGGUGCGACUGUGGAGCAGCUUGAACGACUGCAUUGCGCUUUGCUCAACGUUGUGCGCCGUCACCGGCGCUCCUGGGACCGUAAUGUCAUGCUCCUGGAGAUGGCCCAACAGCUGGAUUCCUUCAGAAGCCUAUUAAGCUGCCAAACACGGACAUAGCAACGGCUCAAGCAAUCUCACUGCCGACUUGUAUUUAAUGCUAACUGGUGCGAGAGAGAGAGAAUGGACUGCCGUAGCGCAAGCCUGUCGCGACGAAGCUACAGACAACCCACUACCACCUCAGCACUGCCAAACCAACGGGUCCACGUGCGCCGAUCAUCAAGCAGACAAAUGCAGCAAGAUGCGUGACGACACAUUCUUGCAGUUCAAGACCACAUCGUUUCUUCUCCUGAACUGAUGCCUUUUUAGUACACUGCCCUGGCCGUCGAGAAUCUUCCUUUUCUCUCCGGUACGAUGCAGGUGGACAAUAUUAAAAACUCUGUUGUAGUUCUUUUUCUUUCCCCCAACACAAUGUUUGUGUGUGUGUGUGUGUGUUUGUGAUGGCACCUGGGAGCCUUUUCCUUCUGUGGUGCAUGCCAUAUCUGUCGUGGUCGUGUGUUGACGAGAAGCCAUCACAUUUUCACUGUCGUCUCAAUCUUUUUUGCUAGCCUUAUGCCUGUGCUGCGACCUGAAAGUUUGCCUCGACUCUCGACAAUAAAGUGGACGCAGCCGAGUGGUUGGGCGCUGUCAUUAUGGCCAGAUAAAAAACGAAGUGUGCUGAGGCUCUGCUGUCCAUGCUCCUAUGUCAGUGGGGCUUGGCUUUAGUGACUUGUUGCCGCCAUAGUGGCACCUCGUCAAACAUCUCUGAACUGGGGAUAUAUCGUAAACUGAUUUCUCUGGUGAACAAGCGGGUCUUUCCUUCGGGACGCCUCAUACAGGGUUCGAGCUGGAGUGCCCAUUACAGGCAUUGGAGAGCAGCCGGCUGAGCUGUAUGUAAGGUCUUGAAAUGGUAGUCCUAGGCUUGUGCGGCUAUAUUGAGUGCCUAUUUUGCUUCUUUUUUUUUUUCUUCAGCACUUAUCCUGUGUUGGGCACCACGUUGUAUUGGGGAGGAGGGUUAAACAGUUGCUGCGGAAUAACGUGACAAAUGAUGCACAUCAGGAAGACUUAAUGGCGUACACAAAGAUCACAUGAAAGAACACGAGAACCUGGAUUCUCCUAUGUGAUCAUCUUCGUUUUCGUUGUUAUGUCUUCCCUAUACAUGAAUGAACUAACCUGGCAAAGAAUUCCAUUAAUUAAUGCAUGCCAUGAUUGAUGCUCUUAGACAUCAACCUGCAACCGGAGCUACUGAUUUGGACCGGCCCGACCGCUUAGCGUUGUUUUCACUGCAUGCUGAACUGAUUGGCAGGCCGUAGCGGGAGCACAGUUGUUUUUCUGUGUCGUGUCCGUGCCUGUUGAUGAAAUGUGUUGUUUGCUCAACAUAGUGUCGUUUUUAGAUACUAGUAUACACUUCAUAGAUGCCUUUGGUACGAACGCUUAGUUUACCGGACUUGUCUUGGCUGUGAUUUUGAUGUGAAAUUCAUGCUGGAACGAGUGCGUUGUCAUGCCUGGAUGUUCACUCGGUGUAGAGAAGCAACUAGUUGGGCGCACCUGUUUGUUGUUUGACAGCUAGAGUUCCGUGCAUUGGUGGCACUCUGGAUGUCAAGGCAGUAAAAGAAAGCCCGUUCUGGUACAUGCUCCAUGUGUGAAGUUCUGCAAAUGCUGUUUGGCAUCGAUUUCGUUGUGGGGAGGUAUGCUGACUGCGCUUAGGUUCGGUUAUGUGAUGGUUAUUUUCUGUGGCAAGCGUACGUAGUGAAAAAUUUUGCACCCUCAAAGGUAGGAGUGUUAGCCAUGUGGUGAAUCAACUGCACCCUUAAGGAUGUAAAAAGAUCAAGGGGUGCAUUUGAUUUAUCCCGUGGCUGACAUUUCUGCCCUUAAGGGUGCAACGUUUUUGUGUACACCUUGGCAUGGAAUAGUCACGAGGGAAAAAUGUCGCCAACACGCUAGUAUGCCCUUGUUUCCGGCCUGAAAGGUAGUGAAUGUCCCGAGAGGAUAUUGAAUGGUGCGUCCCUAGUGUAUUCAAGUAAGUUUGGUGCUAAAUUUAAUGUGUGGGAAAUAACUUUUUCUCACAAAAUGUUGGGCAAGGCUUUUUGUUCUUUUUUUUUUUUUUUUUAAGUGAACAGUCAAAGCAAGAGCUCUCGUGGGGAUUCCAUGAUGGUUCAUAUGAAGUUGCUACCUGGUAUCAAUCAUCAUGGUAUGCUUGAUGGUUGUUUAUGGUAAUAACUAUGAUGAAAGUGUGCAUGUCUAGAAUAGGGUUAUGAUGCACAUCUGGGUACAGAGCAAAUAGAACCGAUAGCAUGUGCACUGGUGCUUAAAUGAAUGGGCUGUGAAACUCGCCCACCACUGUGCAUUCGCGGAAUAUGCGGUGGGGCAGCAUUUACAGCUGCACAGGCGGGCAAACGUUCCGAGUGUGUUUUUGGCCUUGGCAUGCAUGUUGUCAAUAUUAUUUUUUUGCUACAUUAUUGUUUUCACGCACUUUCGCAUUUAGAAGUGGCACACUCACUUGUAUUGCUAGUGCUUCUGGAUGGGGAUUUUUCUUAAAAUAUUUUUUGUGUCGAGAUGAGCUGAGUGCAUUCCUCACUUUUUUUGAUCUUCAGCCCUCUGGACACUAUUCGUUUUGUAGGUCUGUUCAUGUUUCUGUGAAAGGCUCUUAUGAAAAUGUAGACUGUUUCUUAUGUGGCAACUGUUUCGUUUUGUAAUUUGCAAAGACAACUUAUUUCUGCUGUGCAUUAGCAUGGUUACGUUGUUGCAGCCUGUUUGGUUUAAAGUUUCAAAAGGGAAACAAGUUCUCUCCUUUUUUUUUUUUUUUUUAACUUUCGGAGACUUGAUUUCUUUUGAUUGUUAAGUACUUCAUUUAUUUUUGGUCAGACAUUUUGUGUCGAUGCCAAAGAGAAUAAACACGUAAUGUAAAGUUACCAUUCUGCAACACUAAGAGAUUUGCUGCUACACCAGCCACACGUAGCAUGCUUUGUGAUAGGACUGACGGUAUGUAAACUUAGUGCUGUAAAUUGUUACUCAAAGGUGAUGUUGUGAAUUUCGUAGUCUCGGGGAGGCUGCGUACUGUACCUUUCCAAUAUCAUUUUAAACUAUUUCACUUACAUUCACUAGAGUUGCAAUUCACUCCUCCAAGAGCACUUUGUUGCGCCAAGAGAAGUGAAGUGCCUCCAUUCCCGGGCACUAUCACUGGCUGCAGUUCUGCAACAGAAUGCCCGUUAAGGCUAAUUUAAACACUCGCAUGCAGGAACUGCUUUUCCUUCGCCCUGUAUAAAGCCUCCCAGCCUGUGUUACGGAUGCGAAAACUGAAGCCCCACAGGCAAGCCAUUUGUGGUUGCGAGUGGUGUACUGAUGCCCGGCAGUAAACGACCUUCUGCGUGUGUCACACGAAGUGGAAUCGAAGGGCCAAGAGCGUUAUCCGCACAUGCGAAUUCUUGUGGGCUUUAAGGUUUAAACACUGCCACGAACUUAUUGAGCCAACAACAUUGGUAAUGUUCAAAUGCUGCUGGGAACAGUGGUCAGGGAAAUGGUGCCACUGCCAGUACUGCCAUUUGAUAGGGCCGUCUACCUCGUGUUGCGAAUUAAAAGGUGAAUAAAGAAAUUGAAUCUUGUA